AUGUAUGUCCUCGUGUUUUUAUGUGCCACGAUCGGUUCGAUUUCGGGGCUAGACAAUGGACUGGCCAUGACCCCGCCCAUGGGCUGGUUGACAUGGCAACGAUUCAGAUGUAUCACCGACUGCAAGAAAUACCCCGACGAGUGCAUUAGCGAAGCACUAAUACAUAGAACUGCGGAUAAGAUGGUAAGCGAAGGGUACUUGGCCGCAGGCUAUGAUUACGUUGGCAUAGAUGAUUGUUGGAUGGAACGAAAUCGUGACAAGAACGGCAGACUGGUUCCUGAUGGGACACGCUUCCCUAAUGGCAUGAAGGGGAUCGGAGAUUACCUUCACUCGAAGGGUUUAAAGUUCUUCCUAUACCAAGACUAUGGAAAUGCGACCUGCGCGGGCUACCCUGGUGUACUUGGGCACGAAAAGACCGAUGUGGAGUCGUUUGUCAGCUGGGGGGUAGACUACAUCAAAUUAGAUGGAUGUAAUGUGGAACUGUCCAAAAUGGAUACAGGUUAUCCUGAAUUCGGUAAAGUAAUGAAUGAGAGUGGCCGACCGAUGGUCUAUUCCUGUAGUUGGCCCGCUUAUCAGGACGAGCCCGAUUACAAAUCUAUCAUGGAGUAUUGUAAUUUAUGGCGAAACACCGAUGACAUUCAAGAUUCCUGGGCAUCACUUACCAGCAUCAUGGAUUGGUUCGCCGAACGACCUGAACUUGUCAAAUACGCAGGUCCUGGACAUUGGAACGAUCCUGACAUGUUAUUAAUUGGUAAUUUCGGCUUAUCUGUGGAUCAAGCCAAAGUCCAGAUGGCAGUGUGGUCUAUUAUGGCGGCACCUUUGAUGAUGAGCGUAGAUCUUGAUACCAUACGAGAUGAAUUCAAAGAUAUCUUACUAAAUUCUAGAGUGAUAGAGAUCGAUCAAGAUGAGUUGGGUAAACAAGGUGUGCGUGUAUGGAAUAAGUCCAAAUGUGAGAUUUGGACUAGAGAAGUAUCGAAUGGUUAUGCUGUUGCAUUCGUCAGUAGACGCGACGAUGGUGCACCCUAUACAGUAGCAGUAACGUUUGAUAACAUUAAAAUACCAGCACAGAACUACCUAGUAGAAGAGUUAUUUGAUCAAGAGGAAUCUCGUACCUUUAGUGCAGAGGCUGGAAAAUUUGAAUCACGCAUUAAUCCUUCAGGUGUCAAGUUCUAUAAGUUUACACCGAUGCAAUCUAAUGAAGUAAAAAUUACUGGAGUUAUUAAUAGGCAAUAA